AUGGGCCUCAAGGAGCAGCGUCCGCAGCUCGACCAAACUGAUGAUGCCAUCAACUCACCCGCUUCUGUUUCUGACGACCACCACCAGGGACCGGGCAUCCCCCGUGUCUCAAGCUGCAGCACCGACAACGAUUCUGGCCUUCCACUUUGCCGGGUCUGUCAUUGCGUCGAACCCGAUCUGAGAGGCGAGUCCGCCCUCGGAUUCUUGGGCAUCGCGCCGCCUUCCCCUCCCAGGACUGACACUGACUCCACCACCACGACGUCCACCAGCAAGGUUGCCAUCACUGGGCCAAAGGAUGAUGCCAUCAGUGCUCCCAGAUUUGUUGAGUUCGUAAGCCCCGAGGGGGAAAUAUUCGUGUGCGCCACUGACGUCGAAUCAGGCCCCCUGCACCAGCAUGACCAUCUUGUGGAUCUAGGGUGUUCUUGCAAGAACGACCUUGCCCUUGCGCAUUAUGCCUGUGCGUUGAAGUGGUUCAUCAGCCAUGGAUCCACCACGUGCGAGAUAUGUGGAACUGUUGCUGCAAAUGUAAGGCCUCAGGAUUUCAACAAGGUUCUCGCGUCCCUCAAGGAUUAUGAAGCUCUCAGGGAAAGGACAUCCACAGGGGAAAUCUCAUACUUGCAGCAUGGGGCAGAUACUGGUGUUGAUCCAGGCGCCGUCAUGGCGAUACUGAAGGCAGCGGCUUAG